GCUGCUGGCCAGACCACAUAAAUGGCCUCUACCCACUCGACAUUUCAGACAGUUGCUGCCCUUUGCAAGUUAAAGGUUCGUUUUAGAAAGGUCCAUGACCCAUUGGCGCCCAGCUAAAAAAUGCAUUUCCCAAUUCAACUGUUGAGCUUGAUUGCUGUGAUUUUGCUGUCGCUGUUAUCUGCGCUGGGAGGAGCGGAACAAGUCGGAGCUCGUCCCAAACGGGAGCCUCAACUUCUUGGCGCUCUACUUCAAGGUGCGCUCGUCGGACAGCAAGGCUACGGGGGUUACUACGGCGGUUAUGGACCUUACAAUAGCCACGGAAGUCACGGUCAUGGACAUGGUCACGGGCAUGGUCACGGACAUGGCGGACAUGGUGGACAUUAUGGACAUGGUGGACAUGGUGGAUAUGGUGGAUAUGGUGGACAUGGACAUGGUGGAGGGCACGGCCAUCUUCACGGUCAUCACUAAUUGAUAAUCAGAUCAGCCCCUGAAUUAAUUUCUCCGCUUCCCUUUCGUCACGAAUUCAUUUCGACAUUUUAUUAAUUAUGAAUCUGGAUUGGCGUCAUCUGCUGCAUCUCAUUACUUAUUAUUUCUUUUAUUCCUGCUCAAACUGCUUAUUAUGAACGAAAACGAUAGACCCUUUCACGCAUUUACACAAAACUUCCGGGUCCUUGGCUCUAUAUAUUCUCUCAUCUCUUCAUCAAUAAGUUAUCAAUUUAUCAUCGUCUGGCCAUUGAUCCGAGAAAAUACACGAAAUGUUUUGAAUGAAAUAAUUCAAGGUUAUUAAA